CACACACACACACACACACACACGCUGGAAUUCGAUAGCAGUGCAGAGCUCGACGCUAUGGCAAGAACCAAGCAGUCCGUCCGUGAGUCCACCGGUGGCAAGGCACCAAGGAAGCAGCUCGCCACUAAGGCUGCCCGCAAGAGCGCGCCGGCUACCGGCGGCGUGAAGAAGCCUCAUCGUUACAGGCCUGGCACCGUGGCUCUGAGGGAGAUCCGCCGUUAUCAGAAGUCUACUGAGCUGUUCAUCCGCAAGCUGCCCUUCCAGCGCCUGGUGAGAGAAAUCGCUCAGGACUUCAAGCCCGACUUGCGUUUCCAGAGCUCGGCCGUCAUGGCCCUGCUGGAGGCGAGCGAGGCAUAUCUGGGGUGUCAGUUCGAGGACACCAACCUGUGCGCUAUCCACGCCAAGAGAGUGACCAUCAUGCCCAAGGAUAUUCAGCUGGCCCGCCGUAUUCGCGGAGAACGCGCUUAAACCACAACUCCGUCUAAUAUACGCACAGUCCAGCUCACUGUCUCAGAAAAAUGAGCAAGUCUUCAUUCUUUGGCUGUUUAAAUAUUUAUAAUGUGGUAAAGGGAAAGGAAAUGUAUAAAUAGUAUAUGUGUAGAUAUGGAUGAUUUAUAUUUCCAUAAACAUUAUACAUAGGUUUCUAAAUGUAUGUUAUGUAUAUUGUAUAAUGUGUGUAUCUGUGUAUCCAUAUUCACUUGCCUUUCUUUUCUGUUUAGAAAUUAUAAGAGUUAUUUACCAUUUCCAUGUCAAGUACUGAAUAUAUCUUAUUUAAAAAUGGGAUACUACUACUAUUAUUACUACUACUUUAUUUUUAUAAUAAUAAUAAUAAUAAUAAUAAUAAUAAUAAUAAUAAUAAAAGUUAAUAAAAGUGCUUAGCAUGUUCUCCUCAAGCCUACAGGACUGUUGGUUUGAUUCUCGCCUGCAUGUUCUCCGCAUGCUUUGUUUCCUCCACGUGCUCUGGGUUUCUCUCCAGUCCAAAGGCAUGUGUUGUGGGCAGGUUGGCAUCUCUAUAUUAUCCAAAGUGUGAGAUUGUGCCCUGCAAUGGGUUGGCACCAUGUCCAGGGUGUCCCCUGCCUCAUGCCUGAAUCCCAUGGGAUAGGCUCCAGGCUCCCCGUGACCUGUGUAGGAUAAGCAGUACAGAGAAUAGAUGGAUGGAAGGAUGGAUAUAUGGAUAUUGACUGCCUUCAUGUGGCCCAAUUUAGGAAGUGCAUGUUCCCCAAGACAUAACUGUUUAGAGCAGCGGUUCUCUACCUUUUUUAAAAAAAAUUUGUGCACCCUACACAAACACCAAUGCUAGACAGUGUUAAAUCUGGUUUAUACUCGACAUGUCCGGAAAAAAUUAUGUCAUUGCGGAGUGUGCGGUCGAGCAUGUUGAGUGCGCAAGGCCUCAUUUCUCGUGGCGAUCUGCAUGGCACCGGAUCCGGAAAUGAAUGACUUGGAGGCGACUCUUGCCGGAAGGUACGAUUGUACAGGUAUCUCUAUGAUCCAUCCAUGCGGGACCUUAGAGAGAGCCAGAUGACACAAAAUUCAUGGAAAGGUUUUCAAAAUAGUGAUUUGCAUUUGCUUUGUACGUACUGCUGAGAUGAUAAAGCCAAAGCUGACAGUCACUACACUACACCAUCAGACACAGUGAUUACACCUCAUUCUGCUGUCUUUAUACACAGACCUUUACACUCAUGGUGAACAUCCAGAGUGAUCAUUCUGUAAUAUCUUUCAUUUAUCUCUAUACAUAAAGAGACAUUUACACUGAUGGUGAACAUACAGAGUGAUCAUUCUGUAAUAUCUUUCUUUUGUCUCUUGUUAUAGGAGACCUGGAUCUCCAGAAUUUGUAGUCUCAGCCCUGCCGUUAUUUAUUUCUAAAUGUAAAUACAAGCUGAUAUAAUAUGCUAAGUUCAUAUAUUAUAAUUGCCUUGAAAUAUGUUUUAUGAUUAAACUAUGUAAAGAACCUCAACCUUGACAGC